GAGGAAGAGCCUCUCUCUCUCUCUCUCUCUCUCCUCCUUCCAAGGCACGCCUCCCAGGCUUGUGGUUGCCUUUCGCAAGGGGAGCAAGGUGUGUGUUUUCCUCCCUAAUCCGACUCUCCCAGGUGAGAGGGGUGCCCUCCCUGCUUGCCAGGGGCAGGGUGGCCUUUGGUGGGAGGGUCGGGUGCCCUCUUCUUCCUCCUCCUCCUCCUCCUCCUGCUUUGCCUUGCUUGGAAGAGAGAAAGAAAGAAAGAGAAAGGAAGAAAGGAAGAAAGAAAGCAAGCAACCAGGAAAUGCGGCUUCUGCCGGAGAGGCGAUGGGCAACCAGUGCGGAGGCGCCUGUGCUGGGAAAGGGAGCUGUCCUUCGCUGUUCAAGAGAAAGAAAGAAAAACCAGGAUCCAGAAUCAAUAAGAAGAGUAUUCAGCGCCCAGAGAGCAAAAAGGGCUUUGAAGUGGCUCCGGUUUACGAUGAGGUCUCCGAGUUCCCCGUCUAUGCCAGUGUGAGCAAGCCCAAACCCGUCAAGCGCGAGGACAGCAGCGUCCACUAUGCGGACAUCCAGGUCUUCAGCAAAGUCCGGCAACGUUCGGCCCAUGAGGUGAAAGGCCUGCAGAGCCAGGGUGCCACUGAGUACGCCACCCUCAACUUUCCCCGCACCACCCCAAAAUACGACAGCAAGAACGGGACGCUGGUGUAGUUUUCCUGAUUGCUCUGGUCAUCAUUAUAAUGUAUGUCAACAUGGAGGCGUCCUGGAUUUUGAGCCGGGUGUCUGGAUACGUUUGACAUCUCCAGCACUUGUGACCAUUUUGGAAACUUUAAUACUUUAAUAUCUACCAAAACCGUUCCUCCGGUGUGCCAAGGAAAAGACUAUUUGGGACGAAAUAACAGGAGAUCAACUGAAAGACAAUGGAGCCUCUCUUGUUGUCCCUUUUAGGGCACAUAGGUACGAGAUGAAACAAAACUGGAAAGCUUGGAGCCAAAAGCGCUGUUUUCUGGAAACGCCUUUCUUUGCAAAACCAACCAUUGCCCUGCUUCUAUUAAUGCAUCGGCGACAUCCAUUGUGACGUUAUGUUUGGAGAGUACGAUUAAGGAAAUGCUAUGAGAGUGGCUGAAUAAAUAGAUAUAUAACUAGC